UUCUGUUAUCUUAAAUACCUCCUCUGCAAUUGACCCUGUGUUCCACUUUGCUAUCAUUUAACAGAGAAUUUGUUUCCGGACAUAAGGAUUAGGGUGUGGGGUUCAUGAGCUAUGGAGAUGGCGGGCACUAAUCAAUGCAAGGGAUCAUGUUCUCAUGGUAAGAAUGCUCUCCUCUGCAAUGAUUCUGGAAGAGGAACUGAUCAUAGAAACGUAGUUGAUGGAGUGGUUGGGGAAGCAUCUGUUCGAGAGGAUUUCGGGGCUCUCACUGUGUCAAAAUGCCUUGUAAGAAAUGUUAGCCAGAAAUUGGGGAAAAAGAAUCACAGAGGAAAUGAGGAGGAAGAAGGAUAUCAAAGGAGAAUUUCUUCAAGAUGCAUUGGCUUAUAUGGAAGGGGUGGUGGUUGCAAAGUGGGUGCUGAUACAUGCGAGGAAUUUGGGGAUGUGAUUUGUAGAAGGAAGUCAAUAACAGAUGAAGAAGGCAAAAGACACCAAGCAAUUUGUGGCAAUGAGGAGACUAGGAUUGAUUGCUUCUCGUAUGGGGUGACAGAGAGGUUUUGGAAGAGGAAUAGUGGAAAAAACAGAGAACUUGAAGAGUCACCAUUAAAUGGUGGAAUUAACGUUAUGCUUCCAGAUGAUCUUCUAGAAAUGUGCUUGGCGAGGCUUCCACUGAGCACCCUCAUGACUGCUCGCCUUGUGUGCAAGAAAUGGAGAUCCCUAACUACAACUCGCCGGUUUAUGCAGAUGAGGCGUGAAGGUUUGUAUCGUAGCCCAUGGGUCUUUCUUUUUGGUGUUGUGAAGGAUGGUUACUGUUCAGGGCACAUACAUGCACUAGAUUCUUCCCUUGAUCAAUGGCAUAAAAUUAAUGCUCAUAUUCUGAAAGGAAGGUUUCUUUUCUCUGUUGCCAGCAUUGGAGAUGAUGUUUUCGUUGUUGGAGGUUGUUCUAGCUUGACUAACUUUGGGAAGGUUGAUAAGACUUCAUUCAAGACUCAUAGAGGGGUAAUAGCAUUCACCCCCUUAACUAGAUCGUUUCAUAAAGUAGCACCAAUGAAACAUGCAAGGUCAGCUCCCAUUUUAGGUGUUUUCCGUGUUGGUUCUAAUUGGCCCAUCUUUGGAUGCCAGUCAAACCGGCCAGAUCAGUGCUUGUCCAGGUCAAGGGUAGGUGGCGUAUCUAAUGUUUACGAGGAUCCUCACAGGCUUUCACUAAGACAUCAUCUUAGGGAUUCUUCUAGUGAAGAUAAAGCUUCAGUAGAAUCCAAUAGAAAGCCAUGCAAGUUUGUCAAACAAGAAAGCAGUCACUCCAACCUGGAUGAGGAUGGGAGGUUUAUUCUGAUUGCUGUAGGUGGGCUGGGAGCAUGGGAUGAGCCUUUGAAUUCUGGGGAAAUAUUUGAUCCAGUAACAAACAAAUGGAUGGACAUUCCCAGGUUGCCUGGAUAUGUUGGAGUAGUCUGUUCUGGUGUUGUUUGUAAUGGGAUGUUCUAUGUUUGUUCUGAGACUGACAAGCUGGCUGCCUAUGACUUAGAAAGAGGUAUUUGGGUUGGAAUCCAGACUGAGUUACCUCAUCCUCGUCUUCAUGAUUACUUCCCAAAACUCAUUUCAUGCAAUGGUCGCCUCUUCAUGCUCUCUGUCUCCUGGUGCGAGCAGGAUUGUCAUAUGGGUUGGCGGGAUAAAGCUGUUAGGAAGCUAUGGGAGUUAGAUCUCACAUUUCUUAACUGGAAGGAGGUAUCUAGACAUCCAGAUGCUCCCAUGGACUGGAAUGGUGCAUUUGUAUCCCACGGGAAUUGGAUAUUUGGGAUUGAGAUGUUCAAGAUAUUUGGUCAAGUGUUGGACUUCCUGACUGUUUGUGAUGUCUCUGGUUCAGAUUUGAAGUGGACUCGUAUCUCAAAGAAGCACGUGGCACAUGAACUGGAUGCUUCGUCAUGCUUAACAAAGUCAAUGGCUGUACUGCAUCUCUGAAACACUUGGUGAUCAACUAUGCAAGUCAUGCAGAGAGUUCCUGUAUCCAGUGGACAUUCUUGACAUUCCUAAUAUCAGUUGUUUCAACUUUCCAUGUAGACCUUUGUAUCUUGGCAACUUCAUGCUUGUAGCGUUUGACUCAGAUUCUUAACAAGGACUCUUUCCCCUCCUUGGCUUUUCAUGUAAAUUGAUCAAUGCUGAAUAAAAUUGAUUCUAUUUUU